AUGCGCCCCGCAGUGGACGCGGCGGUCAGCGGGGUGCCGGCGGACGUGUACCUCGGCCAGCUUCUGGGCAAGGCCCCCUCCGACCCGAAUGCCAAGGAGGUGCACUCCGCCACGUGCGAGGGACUGGUCCGCUCUGCCAUUUUCAAGGGCAGUGAUGUGCGCAUUGCGAGCGGGCGCGCUCACAACCCAACUGGCUGGCCGCGCCGAGGGGUGGAGGCGCACAUUUGGCAGUGGAAGGCCUUGGCCGCUACUGCCCUGUCCGAGGGAGACACCGCCGUGGCGGCCGUUAUCCUUGUGAGCUUCAAGGGCUUCCUUCGCCCAGUGGAAGCCAUGCUGCAGGCGAGUCACCUCGCGUGGGACUUCGACAGCGGUUCGGCGCAUAUUAACCUCGGCUUCGCCAAGGGCGGCAAGCGCGCUGGAGUUGCCGAGCACGUUGUCAUAGACGAGCUCGAGGAGUUGCAGGCUUCAGGGCAAGGUUUCGCCAAUUGGUGGGGCAGAUCGGAGCUGAUCCCGAUCGGCAUCGGCCCUGCAGCCUGCGCCAGGGAGGGGCCCGUGGUGGUGCCCGCGGGCAAGCGCAGGGACCUCACGACGGAGGAGAUGUGGGGCACCCACGUCGAGAAGGACCUGAAGGCCGCCCCGAAGACGUUUGCGCCCAGGGACCCUGGCGUCACCGCCAAGCAGAGGUUCCUGAAGUCCCUGGUGACCGGCGUGCUGCCCGGGUUCCCGGGCGCCGAGCCCGAGGCGCACCUCUACGUCGGCAGAGCGCGCCCGCCACAGCGACGGAGGCAUCAGGCGGAGGCCCCUCCGCCUGGCCGCGGGGUCCCUGCGGAGCAGCCCGCGCCCGACGAGGAGUCAGCCGCUGCGGCCGACGGCUCGCCGGAGCGCGGUGGCGAGGCCGACGGAGGUCAGCUGCCAGGAGCGCGCCUGGAGCCGGGCUCGCAGGGCGGCCGCAGCCCGCCGCCGCCGUGGGACGACAUGACGAACGCUGAGCGGUCCUACAUGCAGAAGUGCUCGGAAGGGAGGGGCCAGAUCUGCACGCAGCGCAGCUGCCUUCGAGCGAUCCCUUGA